CAGCUGAAGGCAAGCCAGAGCGCGGCCAUCCCGGACACCGCGCCGCCGGCCUCGGGUCCCCGGGCGGCGGGCAUGCUGGCAUGGCAGGACGGCGGGGCCAAGGCGGCUCCCUCCCACCACAAGAUCUCCUUCUCCGUCCUGGACAUCCUGGAUCCGCAGAAAUUCACCCGCGCUGCGCUCCCGGCCGUGCGCCCUGCUCCCCGGGAAGCCAACAAAAGUUUGGCAGAGGCCGAAGCAGGGAAGGAUGCCAGCCCAGAGGAUUCAGCUCGGCAGCGGGAGACCCCUGAUGCUGCGGACCGCGGGGCGGGCGCGGCGUCCCCCUUGGAGGGCUCGGAGGCCGAGGAGGCGGAGGAGGAGGAGGAGGAAGCCGAGGACGCGAGCCAGCAGCGGCCGCAGGAGAGGGCUGAGCGCCUGCAAGCGGAUCCGGCGCGCUCCCCCGAGUCCCGGGCGGCGGCGUUGGCGGCGGGGGAGCGAAGCACCCCACUGCCCUUUCAGACUUUCCCCUCCUACUCGGCGGCCAACGUCCUCUUUCCCGCCGCCACCUCCUUCCCGCCAGCGGCCGCAGCGGCUGGGGGCCCCUUUGCGUCCUUCCUCGGGCCGUCCUACCUGACCCCUUUCUACGCUCCGCACCUAUGAACCCAGGGCUUCUCGAGGGUCCACUUCGUCCGGACUCACGAGUGAUUGGCGUGGUCGUGUGGUUCCCCAUUCCUUCGAGGGGCGCCGACGCGCGGGGACCGCCCCCUCGUGGUGAGCGGGUGUCUGGGCGCCUCUUCUUUUCCAGCGGUCGGGAGGCGCCACCAGAGGGCAGGGAGAGGCUGCCUGCCCACUCCAGCCGCGCCCCUUCCCGCCGCGAAGAACCCCUGAUCCAUGCGGUCCACAAAGGAGGUCAAGUAGGAUCUGUCGUCUUUAAAAGUGUCGGGAGAUGAAGGCUACCCUCAAUGUUUCCGGGUCGAACCGCCUCUUCACCUUCGGUCAGGCUCGGUUCCGUGCAAGGGGGCCUUCUGAGAGUCUGGGUGCCCGAGCUGGGCUAACACAGCUGUGGGGAUGGUGAUGCCAGGGAGCCAAGACUUCCUGCCCGCCGGUCGCUCACCCUUAGGAUGGAAUCUUCUUCGAACAUUUUAGCGCACUCAGAGGGUAAGCAGCUUCCCCCGUUCAGAGCGUAUUGUUUCCUUUUUCAUACUUGAUUAUUGGCCCAAACCCACUGAUUCCUCCCAGAUACUGAACGAGCUGGGUCCAGGAGCACACACUGCCGCUGUGAAAUGGACUAUUUUUAA